UCUUCUCAGUGUGAGCAGAGCUGCAGACAUGUCCCUGUAACCGUUGGACAAACUUUAAAUUGACUUCGUCAGAUCUGUUUAAAGUCUCAGCAGAGUCUCUGACAAACAGCGACAUGGCUGCUGCCGGUCGGGUCCAAUCUGAAGAUCAAUUCCUGUGUUCUAUCUGUCUGGAUGUAUUCACUGAUCCAGUCACCACACCAUGUGGACACAACUUCUGCAAAUCCUGCAUCUCUGAACACUGGAGGGUUAAUGUCCCAUAUAAGUGUCCCAUGUGUAAAGAGGUUUUUCACACAAAACCUCAGCUGAAGAUCAACACUUUCAUCAAAGAGAUAGUGGCUCAGUUCAGACAUGAAGCUCAACAAAAACCAAACAUCUACAGCUCAGAUCAACAAACUGCCAAACCAGGAGAAGUUCCCUGUGACAUCUGCACUGAACCCAAACUGAAGGCCCUGAAGUCCUGCCUGGUGUGUCUGACCUCCUACUGUCAGACUCAUCUGGAACAUCAUCUGACAGGUUCUGCACUGAAAAGACAUCAGCUGAUCAACCCUGUGGAGAACCUGGAAGACAGGAUGUGUAGGAAACAUGAGAAACCUCUGGAGCUGUUCUGUAAAACUGACCAAACAUGUAUCUGUAACCACUGCACCUACUCAGACCACAAAAGUCAUGAUGUUACUCCUCUGAAAGAUGAACAUGAAGAACAGAAGCCAGAGCUGAAGAAGACAGAGGCUAAUAUUCAGCAGAUGAUCCAGGAGAGACAAUUGAAGAUCCAGGGGAUCCAACAGUCAGUGGAGCUCAGUAAGAACGCUGCAGACAGAGAGACAGCAAAAGGUGUUGAGGUCUUCACAGCUCUGAUGGAGUCUGUUCAGAGAAGUCUGGACCAAUUCAUUGAGGAGAUCCAAGAAAAGCAGAGGAGCACUGAGACACAGGCUGAAGACUUCAUCAAAGAGCUGGAACAGGAAAUCUCUGAGCUGAAGAAGAGAAGCACUGAGGUGCAGCAGCUCUCAGGCUCUGAAGACCACCUCCACUUUGUCCAGAGGUUCACAUGUGUCAAAGCUGCUCCAUCCAUGAAGACCUGGACAAAGGUCAGCAUCCGUUCACCAUCAUAUGAGGGGACUGUGGCGAGAGCUGUGUCUCAGCUGGAGAACAAACUCACAAAAGACAUGAAGAAGGUGACUGAAGCUGAGCUGAAGAGAGUCCAACAGUAUGAGGUGGAUGUGACUCUGGAUCCAGAUACAGCUUAUCCUUAUUUCAUCCUGUCUGAUGAUGGGAAACAGGUUCAUCAUGGUGAUAAAAAGAAGAACCUUCCAGACAAACCACAGAGAUUCUCUGAUGAUUGGUGCAUCUUAGCAAAGCAGAGUUUCUCUUCAGGCCGGUUUUACUUCGAGGUUCAGGUCAAAGGAAAGACUGACUGGUUUUUAGGAGUGGCCAGAGAGUCCAUCAACAGGAAAGGAGAGAUCCUACUGAGUCCUCAGAACGGAUACUGGACCAUUGGUUUGAGAAAUGGAAAUGAGUACAUGGCUUGUGGUGAUCUUUCUGUCCUUCUGUCUCUGAAGCCUGGUCCUCAGAAGGUGGGGGUGUUUGUGGAUUAUGAGGAGGGUCUGGUCUCCUUUUAUGAUGUUGAUUCUUCAUUUCUCAUCUACUCCUUCAUUCGCUGCUGCUUUAAUGAUAAACUCCUCCCAUACUUCUGUCCAUGUCUGAAUGGUGGAGGUACAAACUCUGCUCCUCUGAUCAUCACUCCUGUCAGACACUGUAGGGAUGUCACGAUACCAAAAAUUCUGGAGUUGAUACCAAUACCACUGAAAGGACACAAAUAUCAAUUCCAAAGUCGAUACCGCAGUAAAAAAAAAUGAGUAUCAACUUUUUUUUUUCCGUUAUAGUAUCGAAUGGUAUCGUGAGUAUCGGUUCUCAUGACAUCCCUACGAUACUGAGUAAGAAAUUCUCAAAUGUAAAGAUUUUCUUUGAUUUACUGGAGUCACUAUACUUAGUGACAAUGUGAACUGUUUUAACGUGUAUUAAUCUUUAUCCAAAUGCACAUAAAAACUUUUCGGGCAUGUAUAUGGAACUAUGGUGCUGUUCUUCUGUCUAAGAUUGCUAUGAUUCUUGAUAUUUGUAUUAUUAUGUAUGUUUUGCUAGUUUGCAUAUAUGUCAAAUUGUAUUGUAUGUUCGGAAUAAAUCACUAAAUCAGUAAUCAGAAACUAACUUUUGUGGUGAUAAUAUUCCUAGUUUGACAGAUUCUGAUGCACUGUGAUUUAAUACAAUAAUAAUGAUAGUGUUUUAAUGUUAAGUUUAAUUAAAAGUGUUGUGAUUGUGAAUGUAUUUUCCAUCAUGUGGUUGAUUUCUAUAAAUCUAAAUGAUAGAAGUGUUCAGGAGAAUUCAAUAUUCAAUAAUAACAUUGAAAGUAUAGAUUAUGUUAAACUUUAAUAAAAACAGUCAUAUACUUUGCAUA